ACCUGGCUUCCCCCAGCUCCCCCACCUCCUCGGCACAGCCCGCGGCCAGCCUGCCCCGCAGCCCUCUCUGCCCGGCUCUGGCUUCACCGAUGUGUUUGCUUUUCCAGCGGGGGUGUGCGUGCGAGAGCUGCCGCUGCCUGCCUGCCUGCUCGCUUUCUCCCGCUCCUUUUCCUCCCCUCUCCCCGUGUGUGUGUUUAAUUUCCGCCCCUCGCCCCUCUCCCGGGUCCCCUCUUGCACCCGCUCCUCCGCGGCCACUCGCAGCUCCGGCCGCCGCCCCCUCCGCCCCCGGCCCCUCAGCUCCAUUCGGCAGCGUGCGCCGGGCGGCCGGUGCACCCCACCCCCGCCGCGCCCCCUCCCCUCUCCCCCCUGCGAUCACUGUCCAUUGGCUUGUCCUGCUCUCUUUUUCAUGUCCAGCCCCUGAUGAGUGUCCAUUGGUGUUGCCUUCGCCUUCCCUCCUCCCCUCUCCCCGGCUUGCCCUGCCCAUGUUUUGUAUGUCUCUGUCCAUCCAGGCUCCUGACGUUCAAGUUCGCAGGGACGUCACGUCCGCACUUGAACUUGCAGCUCAGGGGGGCUUUUGCCAUUUUUUUCAUCUCUCUCUCUCCUUCUCUCUCUCCCUCUCUCUCUCCCCCUCUCCCUCUCUCUCUUUUUUUUCCUUGCACAAAAAAAAAAAAAAAAAAAAAAAGAGCCAUGACUGCUAUCCCACAAUUCAUCUUCCCUGCGCCAUCUUUGUAUUAUUUCUAAUUUAUUUUGGAUGUCAAAAGACAUUGAUGAAGAUAUUUUCUCUGGAGUCUCCUUCCUCUCUAACCCGUCUCUCCCGAUGUGAACCGAGCGACUCACAAGCCACCGAAGCCACCAACCCACCAUGUCGCGCCGCAAGCAAGGCAAACCCCAGCACUUAAGCAAACGGGAAUUUUCACCCGAACCUCUUGAAGCCAUUCUCACUGAUGACGAACCUGAACAUGGCACAUUGGGAGCUCCGGAAGGGGACCACGACCUCCUCACUUGUGGCCAGUGUCAGAUGAACUUUCCGUUGGGGGACAUUCUUAUUUUUAUUGAGCACAAACGGAAACAAUGCAAUGGCAGUCUCUGCCUAGAGAAGGCUGUGGAUAAGCCACCUUCACCCUCACCAAGUGAGCUGAAAAAAGCAUCCAAUCCCGUGGAGGUUGGCAUCCAGGUUACGCCAGAGGAUGACGAUUGUUUAUCAACGUCAUCUAGAGGAAUUUGCCCUAAACAGGAACAUAUAGCAGGUAAAGAUGAGCCCAGCAGCUACACGUGUACGACUUGUAAACAGCCUUUCAACAGCGCCUGGUUCCUCUUGCAGCACGCACAGAACACACACGGCUUACGGAUCUACCUAGAAAGCGAGCAUGGCAGCCCCCUGACACCACGGGUUGGUAUCCCAACAGGACUAGGUGCAGAAUGCCCUUCCCAGCCACCUCUCCAUGGGAUUCACAUUGCAGACAAUAACCCUUUUAACCUGCUCAGAAUACCCGGCUCGGUCUCGAGGGAGGCGUCAGGGCUGGGAGAAGGGCGUUUCCCACCCACGCCGCCCCUCUUUAGCCCUCCCCCGAGGCACCAUUUGGAUCCGCAUCGCAUUGAGCGCCUGGGUGCGGAAGAAAUGGCUCUGGCCACCCAUCACCCUAGUGCCUUUGACAGGGUGCUGCGACUGAACCCCAUGGCGAUGGAGCCGCCCGCUAUGGAUUUCUCCCGGAGGCUGCGGGAGCUGGCCGGCAACACCUCCAGCCCACCCCUGUCCCCGAGCCGGCCCAGCCCUAUGCAAAGGUUGCUGCAGCCCUUCCAGCCUGGCAGCAAGCCCCCGUUCCUGGCCACACCGCCCCUCCCUCCUCUGCAAUCUGCUCCUCCUCCCUCCCAGCCCCCCAUGAAGUCCAAGUCCUGCGAGUUCUGUGGGAAGACCUUCAAGUUUCAGAGCAACCUGGUGGUCCACCGCCGGAGCCACACGGGGGAGAAGCCCUACAAAUGCAACCUCUGUGACCAUGCCUGCACGCAGGCCAGCAAGCUGAAGCGCCACAUGAAGACCCACAUGCACAAGUCCUCCCCCAUGACAGUGAAGUCAGACGAUGGGCUCUCCACCGCCAGCUCCCCUGAGCCAGGCACCAGCGACCUGGUGGGCAGCGCCAGCAGUGCCCUCAAGUCUGUAGUGGCCAAGUUCAAGAGCGAGAAUGACCCCAACAUGAUCCCUGAGAACGGGGAUGAGGAAGAGGAGGAGGAGGAGGAGGAAGAGGAGGAGGAGGAGGAGGAAGAGGAGGAGGACUUGAACGAGAGCGACAGGCCGGACUAUGGCUUCGGGAUGAGCCUUGAGGCGGCCCGUCACCACGAGAACAACUCGCGGGCUGGCGAGGAGGGCCGGACGAUGCCGGACGUCAUGCAGGGCAUGGUCUUGAGCUCCAUGCAGCAUUUCAGCGAGGCCUUCCACCAGGUUCUGGGGGAGAAACACAAGCGCGGCCACCUCCCCGAGCCCGAGGUGCACAGGGACACUUGUGACGAAGACUCAGUGGCCGGCGAGUCUGACCGUAUCGACGAGGGGGCUGUCAAUGGCCGAGGCUGCUCCCCAGGGGAGUCUGCCUCGGGAGGCCUGUCCAAAAAGCUGCUGCUGGGUAGCCCCAGCUCCCUGAGCCCCUUCUCCAAACGCAUCAAGUUGGAGAAGGAGUUCGACCUGCCGGCUGCCGCCAUGCCCAACACCGAGAACGUUUACUCCCAGUGGCUGGCGGGCUACGCCGCCUCCCGGCAGCUGAAGGACCCCUUCCUCAGCUUUGGCGACUCCCGACAAUCGCCCUUCGCCUCCUCCUCCGAGCACUCCUCGGAGAACGGGAGCCUGCGCUUCUCCACGCCGCCGGGCGAGCUGGACGGAGGGAUCUCAGGCCGCAGCGGCACGGGAAGCGGAGGGAGCACCCCCCAUAUUAGUGGCCCGGGCCCUGGCAGGCCCAGCUCAAAAGAGGGCAGACGCAGCGACACUUGUGAGUACUGUGGGAAGGUCUUCAAGAACUGUAGUAAUCUCACCGUCCACAGACGGAGCCACACGGGCGAGAGGCCGUAUAAGUGUGAGCUUUGCAACUACGCCUGCGCCCAGAGUAGCAAGCUCACCCGGCACAUGAAAACACACGGGCAGGUUCGGCGUACCCCCCCAGCUGGCGCAGCACCCAGGGAGCCCCGGAUGUCUGGCAGUUUUCGGAUGGAAGUUCAAGAGCACUUAAAUUCUGAAAGGAGGUGAAGCUGGGGCGAGUGGCUGGCGGCGUCUCGGCAUCCGGAGGUGGCCUCUGUCCUGCUGGCUUGCCGCGUCCCCGGGAGAGCCUGAGGAGUCACCCCUGACAGCAGCACUCCCCGGGCUCCUCCUGCCUGCAAGACUAUCGUAUUUAUAUUUUGUAAUAGAGUACAACACUUCCUUGGGGUUGGUUUUUUCGUUUUUUUGGGGUUCUUUUUUUUUUUGUUCAUUUUUUUUUUUUCAUUUUCUAAAAACAAGCGAAAACAACCCACCCACCAAGGUCAAGGGCUUAAUGAUGGCUUCGACUGGUUCCUUUCCCCAUGGAAAAGACUGUCUUGCUCUCAUGGAAAACCCAGCCUGUCGGUUAUCCCCUCAACAUGCCAUUCCUCGGGAGGCACAUCUGAUGUGAUGAAUUAAAAAUAAAGCAAAACACAGUGUAGGUCUGUGGGUGGGUGGGAAAUUGCCAUAAUAAAUGUUGGAGCUUUAGGUUUUGUUUGCUCUGUCUUUAAUUUUUAAUGCUAACAAGGGCCAGACGGCUGGUGUGACUUUGUGCUCCCGUACCGGCUGCAGAAAAGCCAGCUCUGGGUUUUCACCGGGGAUGGUGUUGGCACAAGGGGCUGCCUGGCCCCGGCCGACAGGACAGACCUUUCCUGCAGAGCUCGGCCAGGAGUUGGGCUUAGGGCCGGGCACCCUGAGCACUGCUGAGCUGCCUCUGGUGAUGCUGAAAGGGGGGGGUUUCCCAGCUCUCCUGCAUCAUCCUUGGUGAAUGCCAGCUGUCCUGUUGCAUUUCUGCUGUUGAACUGUACUUUUGGGGCUGCUGGGCUCCUUGAUGUCCGCUCGUGUCCAUGCGAGGAGAAGCAAGACCAGCACAGGUUUCGGGAGGAGCGGUAGUUAUGCUGUGGAGACGCUGUCAGACCAGGGCAUGCAGAGCCCUACCCUGAGCUGGGGGAGCUGCUGCUGCCAGGUUCUUGUCCCAGUGUAUCCCAGACUUUGCACCAGGGGCUGGCCAGCAACACGCGUCCCUUGCUCGGCACUGAGCACCCACCCAAGGAGUCUCCUGGUUCGGGGCCCAGGCGCUUUGCCCAACAGAAGAUGGGUUAUGUGUGAGCUUUGUGCCGUCUCUGAUGGGAUUGAUAGGCUGGAGCUGCUCAUGCCUCUGCUGACAAGUGGGAAUGGACCUUAUUUGGUGAAAGAAGCCAGCUGGGUAGUGAGUGGAGAGGCUGGCUGGCCGUGUCGGGCUGCCGGGAUCAGCGGGAUAGAGCCAAGUCAUGGGGAAAGGGUCAGUGGGUUGAUUGGCUUUGUGCAUUAACUUCAAUCUCACUUCUGUUUUGUUCAUCUCCUUGCUUGCAGUCUGAGUGAGACCCUCACUUGGGGUGACUCUCCUGGUGCAACAGCUGUAGGGAAAAUGAUGUUGCCUUUUCCAUGGGUGGUGGUUGCUCUUUUGCUGUUUAAAACCCUGGGCUGUGGUUUUCUCAUGGUGGCCUGGACACAGCACAAGCACAGACACUUCAGUACCUUAAAAUUUGGCUGGGGUGGGCAGCAAGAGCAUCUCCAAGGGGUGCCAUACCAGAAACCUGGAGGACUAGGUGCACUGGGACACAAAGGGAGCUAUUGCUGCUUCUUCUAAGGUGAUUUGGUCUUUGAGGGCAAACCACCCAAAAGUCUAUGCACAGCCUCAGCUCUUUUUUUAUCAUGAGGGGAUGUUUUUAAAGUUUUUUCUUAGCCCAGCCUGUGCUGCCACCUCUGUGUCUGCUCCUAGGGGGUUUUUGAGCCUUGGAAGGGUUAAUCCUUUUGGAUUAAGCACCUGAUUGAUUGUGAGUGCACCAGUGGUGAAGAGUUAGACACCUGCUCCUGCCUGCCCUGGGGAUCUCUGCUCCAGGCAGCCGUGUCAGAUCAGGGCUAAUGGAGUCACUUACUGCAAGUUUCUCUGGACUGCUAGUCAGGACUCACCUGGUCUUUAUCUACAGCAGGCCUGGCCCAGGGCCGCUGGGAAGCUGCUUUGUCAGGGGUUCCAGUGUGCUGCUCCUUCUGGGGGUGCCUGACCCUUGCAUUGUGUGAGCACAGGCAAAACUCAGUUCAUGGAUGUCUUUCGGGCUAGCUGGUUAUGCUUUUGCUGCUCUGCCUGGUGGAACAAGUGUGAUGGGAUCUGCUUUCUCUGGUUGUGGUUUGUCUCUCCUUCAGCAGGCAGCACAAAGGCAAGGGUUUGUCCCAGGAAAAGUGAGAAAUAACAAAGUGGUGAUGGCUGAAGGUGUUCUGCCAAGCACAGAAGUGAUACCUGAAGUGCUGAAGAUGUAUUCAAAUAAAAUGUAGUCUUAAAAAUGUCUAUUUUUUAACACAGUUGUUAAACUCUCCCCCAGCUCUUAGGGCUUUGAAACAUCUUCAGAAUUCUGUUGCCUUAACAGGUGCAAUGUCUGUGCUGAGAGCCCCCUGUAAGCCAUGGGGCUCCUCUCCCUGGCUGCCAGCCCUGCUCCUGCUCCAGACUCUGCUGCGGCCCUUGCAGAGCACCAGGACAGCCUCAGCACCAGGUCUGGUGGAGAUUCCAAAGGGUUUCCACUGCCCCGAGUGACCUGAGGGUGCUGUGUGCUUUAAUUAAGGGUGUCAUUAGGGUCCAUUUUUUGUCUGACCAGGGUGUGGCUGAGUCCCUUGCUGUGUCUGUGCUUGGGAUCACCAGCGGCUUAAUGAGUUUGUGCCAAUUAACAAGAGUCCAAGGUUUCCUGUGAGGGGAGGGCUGGGAAGUUGUUAGCCGUAAAGCUGGAGGUUGCUGGUGCAAGAGGAGCAAUAUUCCCAAGGGUUUUGUAUUUUAGCAUAUUCUCCAGGUGUUGGUCUGCACAUCCAAUUUGGAAAUAAGGUGUGGUUGGCCUUUAUUAAGAAAACAAAGCUCCUAAAGUUUUGGGGUUUUAAUAGAGGAAAGAUAAAAGUUCUUCCCAGUCCCAGGGUUGAGAUGAACAAAAUUGCUGGGAAUCAUCUGGCUUAACUUUGAGGUUUUGGGCUUAAAAAACUGCUUUCAGACUUGGAGAUGAUCUAACUCUGCUGUGUUUGAUUUCUAAGCACACUUUUCCUGACACUAAAAUGCAGCAAAGGUCAAGCCUUUUGUGAAGUCUAGCUUAAAUUUUGCUUUCAAAAUAAUGUAUGUUUUGGAUUCGUGAUGCAUCUGGGCUGUGGACUUUUAUGAGAUGCAAGACCUCUCUCCAGAAGGGAUCUGAAAACAGAUUUUGUGAAUGAGUUUCCAAGCAAAACUGCCAAACUCCUCGUGGUUUUUUCAACCCCAUCUUUGUGUUAGGUCCCACUAAGUGACUGUGUUCAAGCAGCAUUGUGGUGUUGGUGGGUGACAACACAGCUGUGGGCUCUGGGGGAAGGUGGAGGGAAGCUUCAUCGUCCUUUGGCUGCUGGAGGUUAUUUUACGAACUUUAGCCUUUACUUUGGGUUUGCAUUUCCUUUCUUGUGUGUGUUUGAGCUGUCUGGGUGUGCUGGUGAGGCCUGGGGUGAGCCUUUACCUGUGGAUUUUUGGCAGUGAGGAGGGGGAGGACCUGCUAAGCAUCACUGCUGUUCCAGGGCUCCCUGGUCAGCUGUGGUGUUUCACCUGACCUCACUGAAAAGUCAUAUUGAGGAGUGAGCUGAACCCCCCAGCCCUCAAAAACAGGAGUGGUGCCUCAUUUCCUUCUUCUGUUACUCUCUGCUUCUCCUGCCACCCGGCUUUCCCAUUUCAGGCGUCAUCAUUCAGUUGUGUGUUUGUCUGCUACAGGCAAAACAUUAUUGCCUCUCCAUUCCAAUUCUCUCCCCCCAAAAAUCAUCCUCUUAGGAUUCAUCUUCUGUAGGGGUCCAAAUAAUCAAUUAUUCCCAAGGCAAGGUGGAGUUGUAGGGGUCAGAACAACGACAAAAUAAAACCCCCAAACCCCAAAGAUGGCCCUUACUUCUUAAUCUCACUGGGUAGAGUUACACAUCUGGUAGAGGCUUGUUCGUUGUUGCCAUUACUUUUAUUGCAUCUUCAGCAGUGAUGAAGUUCAGAUGGCAGAACCAGUGGGCCCCAAUUUAAUUUUGCCUGGACUCCCAUAAUGAUCAUGGCGUGAUCCCUGGGAAUGCUGGCUCUGCUGCGGUUCCGUGGCCACGGGCAGGCAAAACCCCACGGUGAGGGCAGGAGGAGGGGGAAAACCUGGGACUGGGCAUGGCGACAGGUGGGUGGAGUGCCUGUGCUGUGUGAGCAUCACAUUCUGCAGUGAGGGGGAUGGACAGGCAGGUGGUUUCUCUUAUCAAGACCAGAUGAGGUGGAUUCCCACCUUUUUUUGGUGGCCGGGGUGUGUGCGCCGUAACGCUUCCUGAGGUUGGUCCAGCCCUGAUGGCUCCUCCCUGGCCAUUUCCAUGACUCUCUGGGUUUCCAGUGGUGAUGUACAGAAGCUCCCACCUCUCCCCCAAUGUCUGCAUGUGUCUAAGGGCUAUACAGGACUCAUUUACGGGCCUCCCGUCGGCGGGAUAUGUGCAUGCAAAAUGAAGGUUGUAUUUGGCUUCUCAUAUUCGGAUCUAUAUUCCAUAUUGUGUUGACCAAGAAAAACACCUCAGCCCCUGUGCUGAAGAAUGUGAUGGACUGAUGACUUUCAGAAACAUACUGUAAAUCAAGGAGGCUAAUAAAUACUUGCUAUUAAUAAAA